AUGGCUACCCGGUGGGCAAUUUGUGGUGCCGGCAAAAUUUCGCAUGAUUUUUGCUUAGCGCUUAGUUCUCUGCCAAAAACAGAUCACCAAAUAGUUGCAGUGGCCGCUCGGGACAAGGAUAGCGCUGCAAAUUUUGCAUCCAAGUUUGACAUUCCAAAGAGUUUUGCCUCUUAUGAAGAUUUAGCCAAUCUUCCAGAUGUUGAUGUAGUGUAUAUUGGCACUAUUCACAUCAACCAUGUUGAAAACAGUCUACUUUUCAUCAAUGCUGGUAAGAGUGUUCUUUGUGAGAAGCCCAUGUCAUUGACUCUUGAAGGAUGCCAGAAAGUGCUCAGAGCAGCUCGAGAGAAGGGAGUCCUCUUUGUAGAGGCAAUCUGGAGCAGAUUCUUCCCAGUGUACAAGUUUAUCCAGGAGUACGUCAGAUCUGGAGAAAUCGGGGAUGUGAUUAUGAUCCAGGCAACAUUUACAGUAGACAUAGCUUCGGUCCCUAGAGUCAAUGACCCCGACUUGGGUGGUGGCGGCUUGCUAGAUUUGGGCAUCUAUGUUGUGCAGGCUGCCAAUCUCAUUUUCAAGGGGAAACCAGAGAAGAUCAUAGCGGAAUGCAGCAAAACAGACAGUGGUGUCGACAAAACUGGAACAAUAAUCUUGAGGUACCCUAAUGACAAGUUUGCUUCACUGACAUAUUCCAUCGAAGCAGCUUUUGGAGCUAACUCAUUUUCAAUUAGAGGAAACAAAGGCAAUAUUGUGAUACCUGACCUUUUCUGGUGCCCAAACAGGGUGGUGCUUCCAGACAAUGGUGUCAAAUAUUUUGAAUUACCGAAGGUAGAGGAUGAGAAGAGCUUUAUAUUUACAAACUCACAAGGAUUUGCAUAUGAAGCUCAGGGUGUUCGUGACUGUCUUCUCAAAGGUUUGAAAGAAAGCCCUUACGUCCCCCACGAAGACAUAGAAACCAUUCACUACAUUAUGCAAGAGAUCCUGACCCAGUUUGGCAUCAAAUACAAAUUUCCUUAG